AUGUCUUCCUCUUCCUCCACUCAAUCCUCUUCCUCGAGCGAAUCGGAGCCAGAGGUCAAUCAACCGGCCAUCUACGAUCCUCCUGCGCCUGAGCAUUGGGACGCGAGAGAAUGGGACUUCUCCAUCGAGUCAGAAACCGACGAACCCCGCACCAUUGGGGAGGAAGACCUCCGGUUCCUCGUUGACGGGGAGCUGGAAGCGGCGUGCGCAGACGACCUCCUCUCAUGGGAGAUAGACCCUUCCUCCGACGAAGAGGAAGGAGAGGCAGAAGAACCCGAAGAAGAAGACUCCUCCGACACCGGGUACCCACCGGCCAAGCGCCUUCGAGGCUGGGCUUGGUCAGAUGAUGAUGACGACGAGGAGGAUGAAGACGCUACUGGUGGCUUCAUCAGCAGCGACGAGGAGCUCGCCGGUAGCAGUGCCGAUGAUAGCGACGACGAGGGUGGUGACAGCCCCUAG